AUGGCGGCAACGGUGGUGCCUCUGGCGUACCAGAACAACACGUCGACGGCGCCGGACUGGCUAAACAAAGGCGACAACGCAUGGCAGAUGAUCUCCGCCACCUUAGUGGGGCUACAGAGCGUGCCGGGCCUCGUCAUCCUCUACGGCAGCAUCGUCAAGAAGAAAUGGGCCGUUAACUCCGCUUUCAUGGCGCUCUACGCUUUCGCCGCCGUCGUCAUCUGCUGGGUCACCUGGGCGUACAAGAUGUCCUUCGGCGACAAAAUUCUCCCCUUCUUGGCCAAGCCCGGCCCUGCUCUCGCCCAAAAGUUCCUCAUUAGGCAGGCCGCUCUCCCCGCCACCACCCACUACUUGAGCGACGGCGUCACAGUGGAAACCCCGCCAGCGACGCCGUUCUACCCCAUGGCGUCGAUGGUGUGGUUCCAGUGCGUGUUCGCGGCCAUCACGGUGGUUAUUCUGGCCGGGUCGGUGCUGGGUCGGAUGAACAUUAAGGCGUGGAUGAUGUUUGUGCCGCUGUGGCUGACGUUUUCGUACACCGUCGGAGCGUUCAGCCUAUGGGGCGGCGGCUUCCUCUUCCACUGGGGUGUUAUUGACUAUUCAGGCGGCUAUGUCAUCCAUCUCUCCUCUGGUAUCGGCGGUAUCACUGCUGCUUACUGGGUAGGACCAAGGAGCAAGGCGGACAGGGAGAGAUUUCCACCAAAUAAUGUGCUGCUGAUGUUGGCCGGGGCAGGGCUGUUGUGGAUGGGGUGGGCCGGCUUCAACGGCGGCGAUCCUUAUAGCGCCAACGUCGAUUCCUCCCUCGCCGUCCUCAACACCAACAUUUGCGCCGCCACUAGCCUCCUUGUUUGGACUUGUCUUGACGUUAUCUACUUUGAGAAACCCUCCGUUAUUGGCGCCGUCCAGGGAAUGAUCACCGGCCUAGUCUGCAUCACCCCCGGUGCUGGUCUGGUGCAAGGAUGGGCGGCCAUAAUCAUGGGGAUUCUCUCAGGAAGCGUUCCAUGGGUCACAAUGAUUAUUAUCCACAAGAGGUGCCCUUUGCUCCAGAAAAUCGACGACACCCUCGCCGUCUUUCAUACCCACGCCGUAGCCGGCUUCCUCGGCGGCAUUCUCACCGGCGUCUUCGCCGAGCCCGUCCUUUGCAACCUCUUCUUGCCGGUCACCAACACCAGGGGUAGCAUUUACGGCGGCUCCGGCGGCAUUCAGUUCCUGAAACAAAUCGUCGGUGCCGGUUUCAUCAUCGGGUGGAACGUUGUAGUCACGUCCAUCAUCUGUCGAGUUAUCGGAUUGAUAGUGCCUUUGAGGAUGUCGGAAGAACAACUAAAGAUCGGCGACGAUGCAGUACAUGGGGAGGAGGCUUAUGCUCUGUGGGGCGACGGAGAAACGUAUGAUUCGACAAUUCAUGGCACAUCGCCGGAGGGCGACGGACUGCAUCGGAAUUUGUCUAGCGGAGCGACUCAAGUGGUGUAAAAAUAAUUGAAAUUAUAAUGUGAAUAUUAAAUUAUUAA